CUGUGGGUGUGUGAGAUCCCCUCCCUUGGGCUCCAUAUAAGCUUCCCAGGAGAGGUAACACUCCAUUGCAUUGACUGCUCUUCCAGGAUCCGCUUGCACCAAGUCUCCCAUGGCUUCCCUGGUCUCCCCCCGUGGAGGUUCCUCCAAGCUCAGGUUCUCCUCGGCCAGCAGCGUAUCCUACGACGGGAAACCCUGGGCUGUCUCUUCGACAUCGGCGCUCAACUCCGCGCUGUCCAACGGGUCCAACGAGAAGGAUGUGAUGCAGAAUCUGAACAAUCGUCUGGCCAGCUAUCUAGAGAAGGUGGCCUCUUUGGAGGAGUCUAACCAGCAACUCGAAUUUCAGAUACGAGAGAAAUUAUCAACCAACGGUUUCGUGAAAAGAGACUACACAGACCAAUACAACCUGAUCCAUCUCCUCAGGAAACAGAUUGCAGAUUCGAUACUUGAAAACACACGUCUACUGUUGGGUAUCGACAACACCAAACUGGCCAUAGAUGACUUCCAGGAAAAGUGGAACACGGAAUCUGCACUGCGCCAGUCUGUGGAAAAGGACGCCAAUGAUUUACGGAAAGCUAAGGAAAUGAAUGAAGCCCUCAAUGAAAGCCUGAGAGCCGAUCUUGACAGUCUACAGAACGAGCUGUUGACCUUAAAGGCUGACCAUGAGCAGGAACUUGCAGCUGUCAAAGAGACAAUGGCACAUUCGAAGGUAGACGUGGCCGUGGAUGCUGCUCAGGGACCCGACUUGCAGACCAUAUUGUCGGAAGUUCGUGCACAAUAUGAAGACAUCAUGAGAAAAAAUAAGGAGGAUGCAGAUGCCCUAUUCCAGACACAGUAUGAAGCGAUGAGCUUACAGUUGGCAAAGGAAGACGAAGAUACCAGAAGGGCGCAAGACGAAUUGCGAGAGAGGAGAACUGUGUUGCAGGCGCUGCAGCUGGAGCUGGAGACGGCGGGGAACCAGGUCAACGCCUUGAGACGAGACCUUCAGGAGACGGAGCUCCGCUACAAGAAGGAACUGGAGCGUCUUCAGGGGGACAUCGGCGUCGUAGAACAAGACCUCUCCGAGGUCCUCCGCGCCGUGCAGAACAACAAGCUGGAGUAUGAAGCCCUGUGGAGGAUUAAAGAGACCCUGGAAGCCGAAAUUGCUGAGUAUCGGCGUCUGCUGGAAGGAGAACCACCAGAGAAGAUCAUAAUCCCUGAACCAAAACAACCUGACAUUCGAACCAAGAAGAUUGUAAAGAUCGUCACGCAGACGCUGGUGGACGGGAAAAUUGUUGGCGAAUCCAGCGAGGUCGAAGAGUUCGAGAAUGCCGAGAAACCAAAUUAGCCAAUCCAGUCACCGCCUGAGCCGCCUGCUUAAUAAUCGCGUCACAAAGUCACCCUGAGAGUCUCUCGGAGAGCUCGGCCAUUACUCGGGUUCUUGGAUUGGACGGCGUAGAGCAAAAUGGCCGUUUUUUUU